CAGGUGGACAGCGGCGGCAGGGACACAGAGGGAGCAAGAUGGGCAGCAGGACCCUGUUGGGACACCUGCCAGGGGUGGCUAUGGUCCUGCUGCUGCUGCUGCUGCUGCUGCAGGGCACACAGUCAGUCUACAUCAAGUACCAAGGCUUCCAGGUCCAGCUGGAAUCAGUGAAGAAGCUGAAGGACCUGGAGGGACAGUGGGUGCCCAGCCCCCGCCUGCAGGCCCAGAGGCCCCUGCCCCUUGUGUGCUACCAUCCUGCCUUGCCCCUCGAUCUCCAGCCUGUCUGUGCCUCCCAGGAUGCUGCCAGAAUCAUUCAGGGCUUCAGGUCCAUAGACAAUGACGAGUGUGAGCUGUGUGUGAACAUCGCCUGUACCGGCUGCUGAGAUGACUCUGGGCACCUGCCCUCCCAGCCCCGCUGCCCAUGCACUACCCCCACCACGCACAGCGGAGAAGCCUGGCCACCUUCCCGGGCCCAAGCAGCUGGAUCCAAGGACAGUUUAGCCCCUGCAGCCCUGCUUCUGAAUAAAGAUUCUUCCCACACAGA